GUUACUGUUAAAAAGCCUAACUGGCUAUUGCGAAUAACAAGUGUGUAUAAUAGAUGCCGUUGCAUCCUUUAACUGCAGAGGCGAUGCGCUUUAGUCAGUGGACCCUGUGUGUAUAUGCGUGUGUGUGUGUGUGUGUGUGCGUGUGUGUAGUCAGUCCUGCUCCCUGUGCCCUACUUUUCUACAGAGGGAUGCUGCACUGAGAAGAGAAGGCAGAUCCGAGCAGGAGUCACCCGGCAUGCGGACUCUAGCUGCCUCCUUCGUGCCUCGUUUCCUUCGUUCAACCGCGCUGCCGUUUACAGCCUCCAGGCGCCUCGCUGGAGCUCAGGGUCGGCGUGCGUGAGCAGGGUUUACCGCGGUUUCGCCGCUUCAGACCCGUCUCCCCCGCCACCUCCGUCUGCCUGUCAGCGGGGUGAGAGAGGAGAGGAGGGGAAGGGGGUCCACCGCCGUCCGGAGCCGGAGCAUGGACCCCCUGACCGAGCCGCAGGACGAGAGGAGCCAGCCGGGCUGGAGCCUCGGAGCUGCGGGCGGGGAGGCGAGCGAGCAGCGCCGCGGCGGGAGGGCCGAAACUAGGCGGCCAGGGGACAGCCCUAUCGCCGCGGAGGACGGAGAGGAGCCGCUGGAGGAGAAACUCAGAGGGCUGGCAUUCAGGAAGCAGACAUCGUACAGGAAAGCCAUCUCGCGCUCAGGCCUGCAGCAUCUGGCCCCUGUCCAGAGCUCCAUAACUGCCCUGACCAAUGGACCAGCCAAGGAGCUGCGUGCCACCGUUGACUGGACUGAGAACGCAGUGAAUGGGGACCAUCUGUGGCUGGAGACCAACUGCUCUGGAGACUUGUGUUAUCUGGGCGAGGAGACAUGCAUGGUGAAGAUUGCAAAGUCGGCUCCCAGGAGGAAAUGUGCAGCAUGUAAGAUUGUUGUCCACACAGCCUGCAUCGAGCAGCUGGACAAGAUCAACUUCCGUUGUAAGCCAACCUUUAGAGAGGGCAGCUCACGAUGCCUUCGAGAUAAUGUAUUAAGACAUCACUGGGUCCACCGACGGCGGCAAGAGGGGAAGUGCCGUCAGUGUGGCAAGAGUUUCCAGCAGAAGUUCUUCCACAGUAAGGAGAUCAUUGCCAUCAGCUGCUCCUGGUGCAAGCAGGCUUUCCACAACAAGGUGACAUGUUUCAUGCUGCAUCAGAUCGAGGAGCCUUGUUCACUGGGUGCUCACGCAGGGGUCAUCGUGCCCCCUUCAUGGAUCAUCAAAGUCAGGAAGCCACAGAGCUCGUUUAAAAACUCCACUCGAAGGAAAAAACGGACUUCAUUCAAACGGAGAACCAGCAAAAAGGGCACGGACUGUAUACUUACCACUAGCACUGAAAGCGCCUGCCGCACAACAGAGGUACUCAAAUGGAGACACACCGAGCGACUCCAACUGGAGGAGUCGAAAUGGCGCCCGUUCAUAUUGAAGCCACUACCUUCUCCGUUAAUGAAGCCUGUGCUGGUGUUUGUUAACCCUAAGAGUGGGGGGAAUCAGGGGACCAAGUUGCUGCAGAUGUUCAUGUGGAUUUUGAAUCCUCGGCAGGUGUUUGAUCUCUCCCAGGGAGGGCCAAGAGAAGCGUUGGAAUUGUAUAGGAAAGUGCCAAAUCUUCGCAUCCUUGCCUGUGGAGGAGACGGGACGGUGGGCUGGAUCCUGUCUGCUCUGGAUGACCUGCAGUUGAACCCACAGCCUCCUGUGGCAGUGCUUCCUCUUGGCACAGGAAAUGACCUCGCCAGAACGCUCAACUGGGGAGGAGGUUACACAGAUGAGCCGGUGUCUAAAAUCCUGUGCCAUGUCGAGGAUGGUACAGUGGUCCAGUUGGAUCGCUGGAAUCUUCAGGUGGAGUGGUCACCUGCCCAGCCUGAAGAGGGCACACAGAAGCUUCCUCUGAAUGUGUUCAAUAACUACUUCAGCCUUGGCUUUGAUGCCCACGUCACACUCGAAUUCCACGAAUCCAGAGAGGCCAACCCCGAGAAAUUCAACAGCCGCUUCCGCAACAAGAUGUUCUAUGCAGGAGCUGCCUUCUCUGACUUCCUGCAGAGGAGCUCCAGGGACCUGUCCAAGCAUGUCAGAGUGGUGUGUGAUGGAACAGAUCUCACUGCCAAGAUCCAGGAGCUGAAAUUCCAGUGCAUUGUCUUCUUGAAUAUUCCCAGGUACUGUGCGGGGACCAUGCCCUGGGGCAACACAGGGGACCACAGAGACUUUGAACCUCAGCGGCAUGAUGAUGGCUACAUUGAGGUCAUCGGCUUCACCAUGGCUUCCCUGGCAGCGCUGCAGGUCGGAGGCCAUGGGGAGCGGCUGCACCAGUGCAGGGAGGUGACUCUCACCACCUAUAAGACCAUUCCUGUUCAGGUGGAUGGAGAGCCGUGCCGCCUGGCGCCCUCAACACUCCGCAUCUCCCUCCGCAACCAGGCCAACAUGGUGCAGAAAAGCAAGAGACGCACCUCUGUCCCGCUGCUCAAUGACAUUCAGAAAGUGUGCGCAGCAGAUUUGCGCCGCCUCUCUGCUCCCCCAGACUCCUUCUCUGUCCCACAUGUGGUGCCUGAACGCCUGCGACUGCGGGUCAACCGCAUCAGCCUGCAAGAGUACGAGAGUCUGCAGUUUGACAAGGAGCGACUGCGGGACAUCUCUACCCCUGUUGGCAUCGUGGUGGUAAGAGGAGACUGUGACCUAGAAACAUGUCGACUCUACAUUGACAGACUGCAGGAGGACCUGCAUCAGGCUCCCUCUGCUGGGCAUAGAGUGCACUAUCAGGAUGAAAGCAGAGGUUUGCCCCGGCCUGCUUCUGCACACAGACUGUCUGCCAACUGGAGUUUCCUAGACUCCACAUCAGCUGACCGGUUUUACCGUAUAGACAAGGCUCAGGAGCAUUUGCACUUUGUGACGGAAAUUUGUCAGGACGAGGUGUUCAUCCUGGACCACGAGGUGCCACCGGUGAGCCAGAGCCGAGUGCCAGAAAUGCCUGAUGUGGUGGUGGAACCCAGCUCCGGUGCCCCUUUGACUAAAGAGGAACAAGCUUUACUAACUGCAGCCAGCUCAGGUGAUCUGAGAACGUUGUCCAGCUCCUGUAGUAGUGGGCUCAGUUUGUUGGUGAGGGACUCAGGAGGUCAGUCUGCUUUGCACCUGGCCUCUCAGAAUGGCCACAGUGAGAUAGUGAGCUUCAUCCUGCAACACGGUUCAAAGUUGAUCCUGGAUCUGACUGAGAAGGAGACUGGAGACACGGCACUGCACAAGGCUGCUCAGCAGCGACAUCAUGACGUGUGUCGACGCUUGGUGGAGGCCGGGGCUUCUACCAGCAACGUGAACUUCCUUGGGAAAACUCCUAAGGACUGUGCUCAGGAAGCCGGUGACUCUGAACUGGCAUCCUAUCUGGAUAGCCAACUGUCAGAACAGCCGACGGCACGUGAGGACCUGGAGACGGCCGUGUGAGCGAACACUGCACCUGGUAUGAACAGAUUGGUCCCCUGUAUACCACGGCUUUCGCCACUCAUGGAGGUAUCAGAGUUCACUCGCUCACAUCCAGAGGGAAUUCGAUGGAGAGGUGAGAAGGUCAUAGAAGUGACCAAAAUGAGCCUCAUACAGGGACUGGUCUCCUUUCUAGAGAAGACCCACACUGAAAAGGAAAGGCUUGCUGUUACUUCCUUGGAAACACUGUGGGUUUAGAACAGCUUUUAACAGAUUUGUUUUUGGCGUUUAUUUAUUGAUUUAAUUUAUUGAUUUAUUUAUUGAAAGACUGAUUGUACUCUUGUGACAAGUCCUCCUCUCACAUGGCCCGGUUCAUGGGAUAAGGUUAGAUGUGGGACUGGUUGUCAGGAACGCCGCCCAGAAUGGUGGCCGUGAAGGCUUCUUUGAAUCUUUUCUGAUGUUUGACAAAAGACUUUGAGAGAAAAAGCAGGAACACAGAAUGUUACACUGCUGCCUAAACCAGCCCACAGCUCUAAUACUCUCUGUUAACGCGUGAAGGAAAACUACUGUUUGCUUUUGACCAAAUGUAGUCAACCACAAUGUUCUACUCUAGUUUCUGCUCGUAUUACAUGAUUAUAUGUUAUACAUGAGUGGGCAAAGGCCUCACAUAUCUUCCUCUGUGAUGUGAGGUUUGCCAUCAUUUAUGUAAGCUUUUUGCUAUUUGAACCACCAACCAUGCAGCACUGCUACUGAGUCCCAACAUGCUUGGAAUAGAGCACUAAUCACAUUGUGACUGUUGGACACUUCAGUACAUCCCUCCACUGAGGAACCUCUGCUAGCUGGCCAACACGACUGCAAGAGCGCCGUUCGCACACAUUGUGUUAAUAUCGUGUAAUUAACAUGAGUGACUGAAACGUCUUUGUUUCCACUAAGGGAGUUGACAUUAUGUGCCUGUCAUUCUAGAAAUUUCUUUUUUUUCUGGUUUGUUUUUGAGUGGGAGUCCAAGUUCUCUCCAUAUCAGAACUCAAUCAACAGCCGUUGUGAAGACAUUUUAGAGAAUUCCAUGUGGAAAACCUGAAUUGGUCAACAUUAUUAUCAGUGUACAUACAAUAUAUCUGUAAUAUGAACAUCUGUUUUUUUUUUUAUUGUUAUUAUUAUUAUUGAUUUGUGUGCAGUGACAGUGGUGUGAUAGUCAAAUUAUUUAUCUUAAGAAACAAAAGAUAGAAUAAUCUGAGCCAUAUUCAAUGCAAUAUGAAUGGAUGACAUUUGUGCAUUUAUUUCUUUAUUUCUACAUUACAUUAAUGUUAAUAGAUGAAAGGUUGUCUAAGGCACCUACAAGCUAAGUGAUGGAACGUGUGAUCUGUUUUUAUUAGUGGCAUGAUGACAAUGAUGAGGAUACUCUGUCUCCAAAUGACUUCAGUACCUUUCUUUAGUUCGAUUCGGUAGCCCUCUCUCACUGUAUUGCCAAACGCAAGAUUGGCAAGGCUAACUAAGAGAGACAAAUGUGUGCAAUCUCUGAUCUCUUUGGACCGAAUGUAAGCAGUACACAUGAAACAGUAGCUUUUGGUGUUCAUUUUGAUAUCGUAGACCUGCACUUUUAAUGGUGUCCGUAUCCUUUUCCACAAAAUACAAAGAGAGGGAAAACAAAAGCACCUGCAUGAAAAAGGCCACAACGAUGAACCGGCUGUGAGAGUGAUUUAUAUAUUAUUGAUCUGCUGUGGUUUUUUUUUCUUUUUGUAUCACUUGUGAUUUUAAAGCUCUGUUGUGCAUGAGAUUUUGUUACCUCUCUGGAUAUUUUCACCCAUCAAUGAUGUUAUGAAAUGGCAUUAUUUCUCCUUUUAUUUCUCUUUUUUUUAAAGGUAAAAGCAUAACUUAUCAGAUAUACUUGUUCAAUGAUUCUCUUUUUUAUCUUUUAAAAGAUGGGAUUACUUGAAUGUCUUUUUUUCCCUAGAUGUGUAUUUUAGUGUCUAUUUCAGUGUCUUGGGGUCUUUACUAGUGGACUCUGAUGACAUAUUACUAUGGAUGUGUUACAUUAAGUCUCACAUCUUUCUGGAAUGUUAGUCAUUAAAGAAGAAGUGCAGUGGGAAAACACCAGUGUUGUCUGUAACUAUGGGAAAGCGUGAAUAAGGCUGUUAAAAUGUAGUCUAUUCUUUAUGCUGAGGGUGAAAAAAAAACAUUGUUUAUCUUCCAUCGAUGACCAUCAGUGUCUCUCUGCCCUGUUGGAUCAUAAAAAAAAUCUUUAUUCUGAAUAUUUAUUGCAUUCAGUGCCAUUUCUUUAUCUGAAUGAAUUAAAUAUAGAUAUUUUGCCUCUGUUUAUACUCACAGAUCCACUUUUAAGGCCUUGCCCUGUGCCAUACCUGAGACUGGCUUUAUAAUUAAGAGCAAAAAAAUGUUCUUCUCCUCUGGACUUUCAAAGAUUUCACACCUACACUCACUGUUACUUGGUGUCCAGUAAAUUAUUUUUGACAGAUUGAAGUAAAGCAUUUGAGAAUAAAGCAUGUCCGAUUACA